AGGGCAGCCCAAGAAUUCAGCCUCUCUCUCUAAAUGUCAACUGUUUUCAAGUAACGACAGGUCAGGGGUCCCAUCUGUUCAUUCUCCUCCACAGUGGUCCACAAUAUCCGUCAGGUGUUUAUGUAUCCAAAGAGGAGGCUACUCACUCCAUCUGGUAAACCAACAUACUCAUGAUGUAGUGGAAAGAGCCCCGGAGUAGCACAGGGGGCUGCCUCAACACACACUUACUGAGCGUCUAACAGUGAGUGAGUCAAGUCCUUCGUAGGCACUGGCAAUGGGAAGAUGACCAAUACAAACGGCUGAACCUUGCUUUCAAGGCCUUCAUAAAGCACUGGAGAUGACAAACACGGUCGGAUACAAAGGGUCAGGUUCAGGACUCCAGUCAUUAUUAUCAAAGAGCCACGGGAAUACAAAGGAAGGAUUACUAGCGGGGGAAGUUCCUGGAGGGCAUCACAAAGAGACCUCUGAGCUGGAUCUGGAAGGACAGAUGGGUUUAAGCUGAAAGUGGGGACGGUCGUUCCCGCUGGCGGGAACCGAAGGAGCCAAGGCAGCUUUGGGGCGGAGACCAGGUGGCACCCGCGGCGCUGCAAGGACACACAAGCUGUUGCAAGAGGGUCAACCUCUCCGGGCCUUGGCUCAGAAACCUGGGACGAUUACACCCUAAAAGCGCUUGGAAAAACUGCAAAACUCGUACUGCUUUUCGCCAAAGCUACUACCGUGCCGUGAGGGCAGGAAGCCCUGUGAGGCGUCUGCGAGGACGCAAACGCCGCGAAGCGAGUCCUCCACGCCUCCAUCCCCGGCAUAGUGAAGUGUAGACUCUGGCCCACAGCCGAAAGGAAAGACCCGGGUCGGGGAGGGCCCCUCCAGGGGCGGGCUCAGCCGGAGUCUGGCCGAGCUGCGCGCGGCCACAGUGGUUCCGCGGCCUCGCGCUGAGUGCCUCCCGCCGUCUCCCACUGCAGCCCCCACCGCCCCUCCGCAAGGCCCGGCGCCUCCCGCCACCUCCUCGGUCGCUGCGGCCGCUCCAGCUCCUCACAGCCGCUAAACCCAGGCCUAUCCCGCGGUCGGUUCUCUUCGGCCCUCUUCGCCGUGACGAAUCGGCGCCCGGCUAGGAAAGUAUCCAAAUUCGGAGAGUUUUGAGGAACCAAUGGGGCCUGAAAAAAAUCCCGGAGUGUGCUAAGCAUCACCGCAUCCUCACUAGAAGGUUUAUUUUUCCCAAGAGGGUCGGGUGGGGCCCGGAAAAAAAAAAAUUAAGAAGAGUGUGGAAAGUGCGAGUGCGGAAGCUCCGGACGCGAGGGGCGGGGCGUGCGCGGGACAAAGGGAAGCGAAGCCGGAGCUGCGGGCGCUUUUUCUGCCCGCGGUGUCUCAGAUUCAUUCUUAAGGAACUGAGAACUUAAUCUUCCAAAAUGUCAAAAAGACCAUCUUAUGCCCCACCUCCCACCCCAGCUCCUGCAACACAAAUGCCCAGCACACCAGGGUUUGUGGGAUACAAUCCAUACAGUCAUCUCGCCUACAACAACUACAGGCUGGGAGGGAACCCGGGCACCAACAGCCGGGUCACGGCAUCCUCUGGUAUUACGAUUCCAAAACCCCCAAAGCCACCAGAUAAGCCGCUGAUGCCCUACAUGAGGUACAGCAGAAAGGUCUGGGACCAAGUAAAGGCUUCCAACCCUGACCUAAAGUUGUGGGAGAUUGGCAAGAUUAUUGGUGGCAUGUGGCGAGAUCUCACUGAUGAAGAAAAACAAGAAUAUUUAAACGAAUACGAAGCAGAAAAGAUAGAGUACAAUGAAUCUAUGAAGGCCUAUCAUAAUUCCCCCGCGUACCUUGCUUACAUAAAUGCAAAAAGUCGUGCAGAAGCUGCUUUAGAGGAAGAAAGUCGACAGAGACAGUCUCGCAUGGAGAAAGGGGAACCGUACAUGAGCAUUCAGCCGGCUGAAGAUCCAGAUGAUUAUGAUGAUGGCUUUUCAAUGAAGCAUACAGCCACCGCCCGUUUCCAGAGAAACCACCGCCUCAUCAGUGAAAUUCUUAGUGAGAGUGUGGUGCCAGACGUUCGGUCAGUUGUCACAACAGCUAGAAUGCAGGUCCUCAAACGGCAGGUCCAGUCCUUAAUGGUUCAUCAGCGAAAACUAGAAGCUGAACUUCUUCAAAUAGAGGAACGACACCAGGAGAAGAAGAGGAAAUUCCUGGAAAGCACAGAUUCAUUUAACAAUGAACUUAAAAGGUUGUGCGGUCUGAAAGUAGAAGUGGAUAUGGAGAAAAUUGCAGCUGAGAUUGCACAGGCAGAGGAACAGGCCCGCAAAAGGCAGGAGGAAAGGGAGAAGGAGGCCGCAGAGCAAGCUGAGCGCAGUCAGAGCAGCAUCGUUCCUGAGGAAGAACAAGCAGCCAACAAAGGCGAGGAGAAGAAAGACGAUGAGAACAUUCCAAUGGAGACAGAGGAGACACACCUGGAAGAAACGACAGAGAGCCAACAGAACGGUGAAGAAGGCACGUCUACUCCUGAGGACAAGGAGAGUGGGCAGGAGGGGGUCGACAGUAUGGCAGAGGAAGGAACCAGUGAUAGUAACACUGGCUCGGAGAGCAACAGUGCAACAGUGGAGGAGCCACCAACAGAUCCCAUACCAGAAGAUGAGAAAAAAGAAUAAAUGUUGCCUUGUUUUAUGUGUUCUAAAUACUUUUUUAAAUGAAAAAAUGUUUUUUGGUUUUAAUGGUGUUAUGUGGUUUGUGUAUUAAUUUUUUUCUUGUCCAUAUCACACCACCAAAGGCUUUUGGACCAUUUAGCAUCAUGAGCCUAAUGGCACAGUCAGUCACCUUUCUUAAGUGUUGUGAAGAUGGCUCUUUUCUUUGGAUCUUGUUUCUAGCCCUCAACUGCUGAAAGCCUCAGAAUUUAGGUUAAUUGAGAAAACACCCACCUCUUUUAGAGAAUUAUCCUUUGAUGCUGCAGAAUCUACUCUUACAAUGCCUUCCUACAGCUCACUGGGGUGCUUACCAAAGCCAUAGCUUUAAACCUUCCCAAUCCCCAUCAACAGCUUCCUGAAAGUUUCCUCUCUUGUUUACUUCUGCAAAGGGUAGCUUCUUAAAAACGUGAUCAUGUAUGAGUAAGUAUUUGUUCACUUACCCUUUUUUACUUUUAAUCAAUGUCAGAUACCAAGAGUUGUGUUAAGAAGUUGAGUGUAGCCUGCAACUACGCGUGGAUCUUACUGAUCCAGAAAUAGUCCCCAUAGUUAGAGUAGUUACUUAUGAAAUGGUCAUUAAAGUGAACACAGCACAUAUACAUUAUCUGUACUGCUUUUUGUUAUGAUUAAUAUUGGGUAUGUUCUGGUAAAUCCAUCCUUAUUGUAUAGAAAGAAAAUUACUUUUUUACCAGGUUUUCCAAAGACAGAAUAGAUCACAAAGCUCAAGGAAUUUAAUAUUCUUGUAAUGGACUAGAUAAUUCAAACUGAUUAGCCCAUUUCUGAAGAAAAACAGCUGGGAAUUAAGUUAAUCCACUUGAAAUUGUUUUACAAUAAUCAGAACAUUCGAAACCUCAAGGCUCAGGAUCCCAUAGAUCAGAGCCCACCUUUUUGAUAAACUCUUAAAGUCUUGGAGACUAGAAGCAAGAUAGUUUGUGACACAUAUGCUUCCCAAAAACUAGAAUAGAUUUUUACUGAAUAGUGGUAUAUCUGAUGGUAUAUGUUUCUUAAAGGUCCAAAUGUAAUAAAAAAAAAAAUGAA